UGUAUCAGCCGGACGGGUAGACAACAAAUAUCUGUAGAUUUCAUCCAGACACCUUCACUGGAUUACUGUAUUUUACAGUCUAUGUUUUAGGGGCAAAGAAGAACGUUUUUAAAGACUUGCAGAAAGGUCGCUAUGUUUGUGAAAUUCAUAAUAUGAGAUCAGAAAUCCUUCUUAACCUCCAGAGCGUCACCCUUCAGUGAUCAGAAAGCCUCCCUGUGACUCAGCUGUUCCCAGAAUUAGGCAACUCAAAAACGACACGACUAGGCAGAGGUGUGCUGAAAAACUGCCACUUUAACGGUUUCCUCCUCCGCAUACUAGUGAUGGAUGUGGCAUGAAAGCAAGAAAGUAUCAAGUUUUUAACUUAAGAAGGAAUUUAUGUAAUAUAUCUGUAAGCGAUUGCUUUUAAAAGACUGACACGGGUAGAAACGUGGGUCCUAAAUCUCAGAAAUAUGAAGUAAGCAAAAAUUAAAUUUUUGGGAAAAGAAAACAGUCACUGCCAGAUUUUUUUUUUAUCAGCAACAAAAAAACCAACAAAAAAAAACGUGUUUAGCUUUCCACCCAAGUUUAAUUGGCUCUGUUAAUUAUAAGCACCUAAUCUCACCUGUCAGGUCAUGGCAGAUUCUUGCCCAGACACCGUUGAUGGUGAGAUUAUAGGCAUUUCUGAGGGACAGCAGUUAAACACAACCAAAAAUGAGGACUUUGAUGCUGUUAAACCACAGGACAAGGAAGUCAGCCCAAAAGAGGGUGUCACCAACGCUGAGCAAUCCUCUGGGAGUAUUUCUCACCUUAUGAAAGAUGACCUUAUAACAUGCAAAAAUCCUCCAACAACCACAGCUUCCCUUGAAGACGAAGUUAAUGCAACUCUGUCUGCGACCAGUAAAAGCCAAGACAAAACCGAUGAAUCUGAGAUCAUCAAUAGCCAAUCCUACACGCCCAGCCAAUCAGAGGUGACGCCCACUUUCUCCAUGGCCAGUCUGGAGUUCUCCGAGGAGACUAAUGGGAUUCCUCCUGAUAGACCUUUGAUUUCAUCCAAAUCUGCUGAGGAUGGCAACCAAGUCCCCUCUCAGGGGAGCGGAGGGGCCUGUGUGGGGGCUGCGAGGGCAUCAGAGCCUAGCAUGCCGGCAUAUUAUUUUGUCAAGUGGAUUACCUGGAAAGAGAAGAAGACGGCUAUUAUCACACAGAGCGAGAACGGACCCUGCCCCCUGAUUGCCAUCAUGAACAUCCUGUUGUUGCGGUGGAAGGUGAAGUUACCGGCUCAGAUGGAAGUGGUCACCACUGAAGAGCUGAUGGCUCACCUUGGUGAAUGUGUGCUGUCCAUCAAACCGCGGGAGGAAGCAGAGGGCAUGGAGCUCAAUUUCCAGCAGAACAUGAGCGAUGUGAUGGCUGUGCUGCCAAAGUUGUCCACGGGCCUCGACGUUAAUGUGCGUUUUACAGGUGUGUCGGAUUUUGAGUACACGCCUGAAUGCAUCGUCUUUGAUCUGCUUGACAUUCCGCUCUACCACGGCUGGCUUGUCGACCCACAGAGUCCUGAGGUGGUGUCUGCAGUGGGCAAACUCAGCUACAACCAACUGGUGGAGAAGAUCAUCGAGUUUAAGCACUCGAAAGAUAGCAGUCAAGUCAGCGAAGGUUUGAUAGCAGAGCAAUUUUUGGAGUCCACAGCAACCCAGCUGUCAUAUCACGGCCUGUGUGAGCUCAACACGACAGCCAAGGAGGGCGAACUGUCUGUGUUUUUCAGGAACAACCACUUCAGCACUAUGAUAAAGCACAAGGGUCACCUUUACCUGCUGGUCACAGAUCAGGGUUUCCUGCAGGAGGAGAGCGUAGUGUGGGAGAGUCUCCAUAAUGUGGAGGGGGAUGGGAAUUUCUGUGACUCAGACUUCAGAUUGUGCCACCCUUCCCAGAAACCCACAGGAGCCAGCCAGCCCUCUGCACAACAACAGCAGCAAAUGCAGAUCGACCAGGACUACCUGGUGGCGAUGUCCCUGCAGCAGCAGCAGGGUGAAGCUCCCGGACCCAUGAGUGAUCUUGAGCUGGCCAGACAGCUACAGCAGGAGGAGUAUCAGCAGCCACAAACACAACAGCACCAGCCCUCAGCAGGACAGAUGAGAGGUCAGGCCGAAUCUCAGCACGGAGGACAGAGGCGCCGGGAAAAGAAAGACGACUCGGAUUGUUGUAUUCUUUAAAUCAAACCACUCACCACCAUAUCCAGACUCUCAAAGCCACUUCAGCUUCAGUUUCUUCUAUACCUCUACUGAAACAAAGGACUUCACUCUUAGCAGACCUGUCGUCCCAAUGCCAAGCCUGCCUUUACAGUACAGUUGAUCCCCUUGUUUUUGCCUUUCCUUUAUCCUUGUGGUUGGAACUGUUGCUCAUCGUUGUCUACUGGACCAAAUAAAGGUAGCAAUUGUUUCUAAGCCUUAAUGAGCAUUUGUUUGAGUGCUACUGUGGAGCUCCUAACUAUGCCAUUAAAGAUUGAAGACUGUAAUGGUAAAUAAUCAGGUAUUGUAAUAAGAAUUUAAUAUUACACUGAAAUACUACUGUCUCAAGUUGAUCUGUACAUAGUUACUGGUCAUUGGCUUUUCAUCCAAAGUGAUAUACAGUACACUACGUACAUUUGAUUGCCUCAGUGCACCGUGGAGCUCCCUGGAUCCUGUAAGCUGAGCUAAUAAAAGCCACCUCUGUGUUAACAGGAAAUGUGUUGAUUUAUGAAACGU